AUGACGAGACCAGAAAUUAUUCGAGCUGAUUCCAUUGAUCUCCAGGAUCAGUCCUCCCCAUCUGCGCAAGAUCACACACGACAACCAACAAAGGCAGCCCCCCUUGGCCUUGGUCCCCCGGCGCCACAUCAAGCGGAGGCAUUGCGAGAAGUAGCUGCAGAAGUGGCAGAGCAAAAUGGUCGAAGUCCGCGAGUGUCAAAAGAAUGGACGUCUGGCGAGGCUCAACAGAUGCAGAGCUAUGGAGAGGACGACUUGGUUGCGGGAGUAAAUUCGAAACUCAAUGGCACCAACGGCCAGCAACAAGAUGAUUUGGCUGUUGCGCAGAAUGGUGGCCUGACGGGAUCCACCGCUGAGGAUGCGGAUAUGGCAGAUGCUGAAGGUGACGACGGAAUGGACGACGAUAUGAUGGACAAAAUCUCAAGUUCACCCUCAAUCGACGAUGGUGGGUAUUCUCUUACGAACUUAUGGCCAAUGAGGUCCACCUCUCUUUCUUGCGCUCCAGAAACGAAACUACAUCGUUCACAAGCGUGCGGUAUAAGUUCACCAGUCGUAGUAACUCCUGAUCGCUAUCCGUUCCAGCUUCGACAAGGGAAACUCGAUGUUGGUGACGUAGACAGUGAUCAGGUGAAUCAAAAUCAUCAUCUUCGGGGUGAGUAUCUGGAUGGAGAAACCGAGGAGGACGAGGACUUGAGCAAUUACGAAGAGCUUACGAGUGAGAUUGAGCCACCAUCACCUAUGUUUGUUCAGCAGACGGGUCCUUACCACGAAGCGCACGGCGACCCUUUCUCCGACGAUACCCCUGAGACGUCUCCCGAAAAACCUCUAACUAUACACAAUCCGGAUGAGCUAGAACCCAGUGACAACGAUGAAAUGAUGGUUACCUACCAAAGCUCAGAAGAAGAUGAUGAUUUUGAAAUCCCCUACAAUACUGAUUCUAGAUAUGUCGAUUCUGGAUGGGGAGGAGAAUGCUUACGAGAUACAGAGGACAUUGAUUUUGAGUUCGUUUACGCCCUUCAUACUUUCGUCGCGACGGUCGAAGGACAGGCAAAUGCCACAAAGGGAGAUACGAUGGUUCUCUUGGAUGACAGUAACAGCUAUUGGUGGCUUGUUAGAGUGGUGAAAGAUAGCAGUAUUGGAUAUUUACCAGCAGAACAUAUCGAAACACCUACUGAGAGAUUGGCACGUUUGAACAAACACAGAAAUAUUGAUCUUACAUCGACUAUGCUUGGUGACCAAGCAGAAAAAUCAAAAAACCCCUUGAAGAAGGCUAUGCGAAGACGGAACGCCAAAACUGUGCAGUUUGCGGCUCCAACUUAUGUCGAAGCUUCGGACAUAGACUACUCCAGCGAUGAAGAGGAUGGAGAGGGAGAGUUUUACAGGUCAAACGCAGCGCAAGAACAGGCUGGUACAGAUCAGGAGACAGCGGAAGAUGACGAUGAUGUGAAUACUGUGCAGCCUUUGAAGCCGAGAGCAGAAAUCCGCGAGGUAAAGUCAGAUCCCGCGGAAACAGACGCGAAAGCAGGAGCUUUGGUUUCCAACGGAUCAGCUGAAGGCACCCGGACGAGCGACGAGAUUUUUGAUGGCAAGCCGGAAAGUAAAUCACGCAAUGGUACUGUCAGAAAUACAGAUUCUUUCUUCAAGGAUGAUUCUGUUGAGACUAGGAAGAUCACACUCACACCGAAUUUGCUCCGCGAUGAUUCUAGCACUUCAACGCGAACUUCAAAUGAUUCGAAGGAAUUUAGCAAGCGACCGAGUCUUGACAAACUUGAGAAAGACUCAUCUUCGGACAAGUCGAAAGAUAAAAAGGAUAAAAAGGACAAAAAGGAGAAGGAGAAAAAACCAGGCAUGCUCAGUGGCCUGUUCAAGAGGAAAGAAAAGAAGAGCAAAGCUACUGACGACGAAAUGGAUGAAAGCAUGGCAAGCAAACAGUCAACAGACAAUCCUAGAGGCUCGCCGGUUCCAAGCAAAGAUUCGGACGAAAUCGCUUAUGCAGACGAAAGUUCCCAGGUAUCUUCAGUUGAAGUACAACGCCAGCCAAGCAAGUUGCACAAACAGCCCCCACCAGAGGUGUCAUUGAGUCAGAAAUCGCUAUCAAGCAAAGAACCAAAAGCAGCCGAGCAGGUGCAACAAGCGCCUGCACCUGAGCGACCACCUCCAGCAAACUCUGCCCAGACUCCAUCGAUGCGCUUGGUUCAGUCCGAACCUGAUACACUUUCACAACAGCCACGUUCAGCAGAGUCUUUCGAUAAGCCCAAAACACUUUCUCCUAUCAUCACCACACAAAAAGAACAGAAGCCCGCCGGUACUAUCUCUAAGAUCCUACGUUCUGCAAGUGGAAGUACCUCGGAACCUAAACCGAUCAAGGCGAAAAAGGCCAAAGAACGUGUUGAGUUGGAUGACUUCGAUUCCACGCCUGAGCAGUCUCCAGUCGACGAACCUGAACGAACACCACCAAGCAAACAAACUCGUCCAAUCCCUGGUAGCUUUCCCGAAAGCUACAUGAGUGAAAGGCCCACUGCGACUGAAGACAGACUGUCCGAGUCACCAGUUCAAGUAUCACCAAUUACUCCUACUCAAUCAUAUCCACCGCCUCUCAUGGUUGAUAAUUCUAGUCAAGACGAACCGCCAUCACCUCAAUCUUCUCCGUCUCCUGAACUCAUUGAUGUCGAUGAGACCCAAGAUAAGAAGGGUCCUGGUAGUUCUACAACGUCUCGAUCAACACCUACUUGGAGCGACUCCCAUCUCAGAACGUUCUUUGAUGACGAUGCGGAUAUCAAAGACCUACUUGUCGUGGUUUAUGAUAAAUCCGGUGUUGUACCCGCUGGUCCGGACCAUCCAGUCAGUGGUAACCUUUUCCGCGAAGAGAAUGCCAAGCUGGCAGAUAUCACUAAUCGCUUAGAUGGCAUGCUUGGCGAUUGGUUAGCUCGCAAAAUGAGGACACAAGGGUCUCGAUAA